AGAAAAUGAAAGGAAAACAAAGUAGAGUAAUGAAAACGAGGGUGAACUUUUUUUUUGUUUUGAAAAAGCCAUGAGAGGAUCAUAGACGCAAGAACCCGUGCUGCAAUCCGUGAAAUGAAAAUAACCUCCAUUUGCUCUCUGUUCCUUAUAACCGAAGGCAUACAACUAUACCUCGCAUCCACGCAUAAACGCAAAACCUUGACCUUCUAAUCUUUAAACAUAUAUACCCAAAUCAAUUUCCAAUAUCUCCAAAUUUUUGUAUACAUAACAUUUUGCAUUUUUGCUGAUCAGAACCAGGGUUUGAUCAACACCACGAUCUUCAAUCCGCAACCGUCGGAUUUGAUGACUCCCACGUUGACAUGUCGUCGCCGUUGCUAGAGACCAGAGCUCCGGCGCACACCCAACAACACCAAAACCUCAAUAGCGGUCAGAUUUCUCACCCUUUCUCGUUCGACUUUUCUGGGUUCUCGUUGCAAAAUCAAUCCGAGCAAUAUCAAAGCUUGUCCCACACCAUGAACCCAUCAAAUGCUGGUGAUGUAACUUCUGGUUUUUCGAAUUCUAACGACAUAAACUCCAAUUUUGGCUUCAAUACCUCGUCCCUUUCGCGGCAGGGGUCCGGUCUUGCGAGACCGAGGUUUGUGAAGGUGAGAAGAGGCUUGAAUGCUCAGAAUUUUAAACCCCCAGCGUCCCCAGAAACCGGGUUUCGUCCUGGAUUCAAUCCGUUUCGAACCAAUUUGGAGAGUUCAAAUCCAGUCCCAUCCGGGUUAGAAACGGGGACUUCAGUCUCUGGGGAAUUUGGGACCCCUAAGAGUGGGAAUGAGGGAAAAAUGUUCGGGGACAAUAGGAGCGAUUCGAAUGCGAAUUCGGGGAAAUGGGAUUCUAAUGCGAGUUUGGGGAAAGGAGUGAUUGAUGAAAUGAGGAAUUUGAAAAUCAGGAGUGGCAAUGAGUUUCAGAAUACCAAAGAGGGUCCUUUCAGUUUUAAUGCAAGAAGUAGGGUGAGUUCGAGUUCAGUUGCGGGGUUGGAUAAAGGUGGUUUCAUCUUUGGUAAUGAUUAUAGGAAGAAUUCUAGUAUGGAUGAAAGCAUUGGGUCAAAGCUUCCCGAGGAUAUGAUGAAGUUGAACAUUGAAGGUCCCGAUAACGCUGAAUCUGUUGAGAAAGGUAAGGAUGUAAAGUUUAAUGUAACUGCAACUGACAAGACCAAGUUUGGGCUGGGGAAUAAUGACAAUGUGGGUGGUUCUUUGGGCCAAAACCUGGAAUCGGAACUCCCAAAUGAGUUGAAGAAGUUGAACAUUAAAGAGACUGUGCAGCUGGAUCGCAGUACUGACACACCUAAUGCCGAUUGUGUGAAUAAGUUUGCCUUUGGAAAUAGUAAAAAGGAUAGCUAUUCAUUUUCUGGAAGCUCGGAAAAUAUACUUCCAGAUUUGAUGAAGAAUUUGAACAUAAAGGACUAUGCAGAUAUGAGUGACAGAGGCAAUCCGGCCUUUACAAGCGGUAAAACUGUUGGUGAUACUUUUGAUGGAAGAAAAGGAACUCUUCUGUCGAGAAAGAUGGAGAAGCGGAGUCUAGGAAGUAGGGCUGGAGACUCUACUCAAUCACAUGCAGGGACUCCGUUGCAUCAAACAUCUAUAAAACAUGUGGAAACUGGAAAUUGUGGUGACAAGUUAUUUCACAAUCUUGAUAAACCAAUACCAAGAGAGUUCCCUUUUCAGGUGGCAAUGCAGGGCAGGAAUGCAGGUGGUUGUGAUUUUUCGUCAGACCAACCAAAAGAUGAGGCCAAAUCAUGCGGAACCACUCCGUCUAGGGGCAUUCAUUUUGAACCAGUUGGAGGAACUUCUGAAAUGCCUGCUGUUGACAGACCUGAGAAGAGGGAUGAGUUUUACUUUACAAGCAAGCAAGAUGGUUUAGGGGGACACUCUGUAGAAUUUAAAACACCAAAUCCCAAAGCAAACCUGUUCUCUGGCACAAAUAAGAAACUAGAAUUCGGCGCAAGGGGGGAAUCAUUUAGGGACACUAGAAAGAAAAAAACAACCGGAAAACCAAGACGUUCUAGCUCAGCCCAUCUGGGCCCUGGGCAUGAUUUUGUUUCAAGGGAAGGCAGUUCUCAGGAAAAUGUUGAGGCCUCUGCAUCCUAUUCACCAAUGGACGUUUCCCCGUAUCAAGAAACAUUAGCUGAUAACCAGUGUGCAAAAGAAAAUUCUGUGGCAUCUGGUGAGUCAUUUAGUAUACUCAACAACUAUUCGGCAGCUGAUUCAGUACCAACAGUUUCAAAUGAUCCUAUUGAUGAAGAUCUGGCUAUGGCAACAGGACGUCUGGAUAUAAAUGAAGUUGAUGCAACAAGCAGAGAAACUAGAGCGGACACUUUUGAGUACGGUUUGAAUGGAAGUGUUGAUGUUGAAGGCACACUUGAAGGAUCCGUUUCUGAGGUUGAAACUGAAAGCUUUAAGUCUGCUGCUGAGGAGGUUGACUUUAGUAGCGAUAACUCCCUUACCGCAGCAGAAACUGAAGCCAGUUCGAGCUCAAACAUGGAAAGACAUGAUAUUGAUACCAGGAUACACUUUGGCUUUCCUUCAACUUCGGAAGAUAGAACUCGGUCUAACUUCACCUUUGCUGCCUCUUCUGCUGCUCAAAGUAAAUUAUCUGCAUCAAAACGCCUCCACAAAAAGAAAAAUUUGGUAAAGGAAGGUCAAGAUACCAAUGUUAUGGUUCCAAAUGUUAAGGUUCCAUAUGCAUCAUCCUCUGCAAAUUUUUUUCCAUAUCCUGGUGCUUCAGCACUUAUGUCACCUGGACGUUCUCAGAAAAUAGACUCGUCUAUCCCACAACAUAAAUAUGGAGAUAAUUCUGGGGUCUGUAAGGAAAAGGAGAUAAAGCAAGAAUCAGGUUCUCCAUCCGCUGAAACGGCUGCAGCUCAGGAAGCAUGUGAAAAGUGGAGACUCAGGGGAAACCAAGCAUACUCUAAUGGGGAUCUGUCUAAAGCCGAGGACUGCUAUACGAAAGGGGUGAAUUGCAUUUCUAGAAAUGAGACAUCUAGAAGCUGCCUUAGGGCAUUGAUGCUGUGCUAUAGCAACCGUGCAGCAACACGUAUGACUCUUGGAAGAUUGAGAGAUGCACUUGGGGACUGUAUGAUGGCUGCGGGAAUUGAUCCCAACUUCCUCAAGGCGCAGGUUAGAGCUGCCAACUGUUAUCUUGCCCUUGGGGAAGUUGAAGAUGCUUCAGAACAUUUUAGGAGGUGCCUGCAGUUGGCAAAUGAUGUCUGCGUGGACCGAAAGAUUGCAGUAGAAGCCUCUGACGGCUUACAAAAAGCACAGAAAGUGUCUGAAUGCCUGAAUCUUUCGGCUGAACUUUUACAAUGGAAGAUAUCUACCAAUGCAGAGAGAGCUUUGGAACUUAUUGCUGAAGGCUUGGUAAUGAGCCCUAGCUCAGAAAAAUUACUUGAAAUGAAAGCGGAGGCCCUUUUCAUGCAGAUGCGGAGGUAUGAAGAGGUGAUUGAGCUGUGCGAGCAGACCCUUGGUUCUGCUGAAAAGAACGACCCUUCAAUAGAUACUAAUUACCAGGCCCUUUCUUCAGAUGGUUCUGAACUGUCCAAAUACUUUUACUUCCAACUCUGGCGGUGCCGUGUGAUUUUUAAAUCAUAUUUUCAUCUAGGGAAACUUGAGGAUGGUCUUGCUUCACUAGAGAAACAAGACGAAAAGGUGUCCACAUACAGGAAUUGGAGAAAAACUUUGGAAUCAUCUGUACCCCUUGUUCUCACUGUACGUGAACUUUUAUCUCAUAAGGCUGCAGGGAAUGAAGCAUUUCAGGCUGGAAGGCAUACUGAAGCAGUUGAGCAUUAUACUGCUGCUUUGUCAUGUAAUGUGGAAUCACGUCCAUUCACAGCUGUUUGUUUCUGCAAUCGUGCUGCUGCGUACAAAGCGUUGGGCCAAAUGACUGAUGCUAUUGCUGAUUGCAGUCUAGCUAUAGCUCUUGAUGGAAAUUAUCUAAAGGCUAUUUCUAGGCGAGCUACAUUAUAUGCGAUGAUCAGAGAUUAUGGACAAGCAGCUAGAGAUCUUCAGAGACUUGUAUCUCUUCUCACUAAGCAGGUAGAGGGAAAAACCAAUCAUUGUGGAAUAUCUGACAGAUCCAUUAGCUGCACAAACGAUUUGAGACAAGCUCGCCUUCGUCUUUCUGAAAUAGAAGAAGAAGACAGAAAGGACAUCCCCUUGGAUAUGUACCUGAUUCUGGGAGUCGAACCAUCUGUUUCAGCAGCAGAAAUUAAGAAGGCCUAUCGGAAAGCUGCACUUAGACAUCAUCCUGACAAGGCUGGUCAAUUCUUUGCAAGGAGCGAUAAUGGUGAUGAUGGGGUUUGGAGGGAGAUAGCAGAAGAAGUGCACAAGGAUGCUGAAAGGCUUUUCAAAAUGAUCGGGGAGGCAUAUGCAGUACUUUCAGACCCUACCAAGCGUUCAAGGUAUGAUGCUGAAGAGGAGAUGAGGAAUGCACAAAAGAAACGCGGUGGAAGCAGCACAUCUAGAAUGCCUGCAGAUGUUCAAAAUUACCCAUUUGAAAGAAGUAACAGUAGGCGACAAUGGAGCUACGGCAACUCAUCUGCUAGAGGGUCAGAAGCAACAUGGUCAAGUAGAUAUUCAUGAAAUGUGGUCGGAAGAAGUUUUUAUUUAGUUGCUGCAUAUGUAGUUCCAGUUCAAGGAUCCACCAAUGUUUGCAAUUGUUUCAGCCCCGCAUCUGAAUGGUAGUGACUGCCUGACCGUCAACAGCUUGAGUGACAUCGUGAUUGUAUUCGCAGGAAGGGGAAAAAAACAAGGCUGUAGUUUGCUUGGAAAUUCGACAGAUGGUCACAAGCUUUAGUGGGGCAAUUGUAGUCUGAAUUCCCAAAUGAGGUGAUGCCUUCUUUUCGAUGUGUGUAUGUGUGUAGAAAAGAGGAAGAAUGUGUGCAGUAGAGAUGAUAUGCAAAGACGCAAACCAGAAAGUGGUCUUCUCAGUUUGCUAGUCAUGGGUAUUGACGUCACAAUGAGAUUGGAGGAUUUUCUAGUCAGAUAUUUUUUUUUGGGGUCUGAUCUAAAGUCAGAAAUUAGGAGUGGAAAUUUAUGUUUUUCAUGCUUUGGCUUCAGAUACUGUUUGAAGAAUAAUUGAGCUUGA